AUGGAAAGCGGUUGCGACGAGGAGGACGGUAGCAGCUGUCAUUCUAGCUCUGUGACCUUACGAGCUAUGAUACACAAUACUGAUGGUACGUCUGAUUUAGAAGAGGGUGACACUGAAAGCAAUUUGAAAGUUGGGAAUAAAAGAGGCAGAGAUGAUUCAAGUCCGGAUGAUGAUAUACAGAAUGGAGAGUUCAUUACGGUGGGAAAGCGUGGUAAGAAAGCUAAAGUUACUACACCGCGUUCUGGAUUUUCUCCAGGAAAAUCGUUCGUGAGUGAUAAUCCUGAAUAUGUUGAAGUAUCGGUUAUAUCAAAAGAAGUCCUUCCGAAACAGAUUACGCUAGCAAAAUUAUUAAGUACUGAAAAAAUUCCGGAAAUAAUGAGGAUUGUUUACAAAAGUCCAUACAAAAUUUUGAUUAGAUUUAAAAGUAACUAUGCUGCAGAUAAACUAUUAUCUUCUGCAUCUAUCAAACAAAGAGGAUGGGUCUGUAAGAAGACUAAUGAGGUAAAUGUUUCCUACGGCUUAAUUAAAGAAAUAGACCUCGAUCUGGAUGACAAUAGCAUUAAGGACAUACUAGAAUGUAGUGAGAAGUUCGGAUGUGACUACAGAUACAGUAGUAUUGCAGAAGGCUGGUUCAAGUAUCAAGAAAUACCAGCCACUUGGUAUGAUGCUCGCCUCAUAUGUUCUCUUGAAGGUGCCAUAUUAGCCUCUCCAUCUACACCUUACAAGUUAGCUGUAAUGUCUAAACUGAUAGACGAUAUUCUGGAUGAAGCAGAUGACUUGGAAUUGGAAGUCUUCAUUGGGAUUAGUGCCACGUUCGCCAAAGGAGAUUUUUCGUCAGUUGACGGGAUACCACUAUCAGAAAUAGCUCACAGAUGGAAAGAAUCUGAACCCGACAAUAAAAACAAUAACGAACAAUGUCUGACGAUGAAUUCUGAUACAUUAUUGUCUGAUGUCAAUUGCAAUAAGACGCUUCCAUACUUUUGCUUCAAGCCACAGAAUUUAACAGGAGAAAUUGAUGAUUGUGGACCUAAACCAGAAUACAACUACGACAAACGAACAAAAAGUUGCUACAAGUUCCACACUGAACCUCGUACAUUCUCCCAUGCCUACCUCGCCUGCUCCGCCGAAGGUGGCUACCUUACCAUCAUCAACAAUGAUGAAGAAGCCCAAGUCAUUAAGGAGUUGUUCUCCAAGUAUCCAGCAACCAGUAUGAUCGGAAACUUCGAUAAGUAUGUAGCUUUUGUUGGAGUGAAUAAAUGGGGUGAUGAUGGUGAAUGGAGGACUAUUCAUGGUGAAACUAUCGAAGUAGCCGGCUACGAUAAAUUCUCUCCUAGUGAACCUACUAACGCAACUACGGGUGAACACUGCGGGGCCAUCUAUCGUUCAGCACUUCUGGAUGACCUCUGGUGCUAUAAACCAGCUCCAUUCAUUUGUGAGAAGGAUCCAGCGUAUCCACCUAUCUGCCAGCCUAUGGCUGAUGAAGAAAUAGAUAUUAAUGGAUCAGGCAAGUACCAAUGUAUGCCGAAUCCUAGGUACUCUAUCGUAGACUUGGCACAUCACUUCUACAUAAUGACCUUCAUCUUGGUCGACACAUCCCCCUCCUCCGAUUCUACCUUCCCCCUCAACACCCAAACCCACGCAUCAUUAUCAGGACACUCAUUCCUGAUAACACAACCAACUUACAUGACCCCCUGUAUCCUAUCAUGGAUACAUCAGCGAAGUUCAACUUACGUUGGGAAUAUCAUUCCUAAAGCGAACACAAGCAAAAUAUCCAAUAUAACCUGGACCAGCUAA